AUGGCAGGGAAGAAGGCAUCCAAGCAGCCAUUUUGGCUCGGGGGAGCUGCAGCCUCCAUGGCAGUAUGCUUUACCCAUCCCCUAGAUCUCACAAAGUACCGGAUGCAAGUCCUCCAAACACGUUCUCCCAUGCUCUCGACCCUUUACAGGUUCGCCCUCAGGGAUGGUAUCUUCUCACUCUGGUCCGGCCUCACCGCAUCCAUUCUCCGACAGUCCACGUACUCGACAGCCCGUUUCGGUCUGUACAGCAUCCUCUCCCGACAGCUACAGCAGCGGUCAGAAACCGCCAAACUCUCCACCGCAUCGACAAUCGUCUGCGCUGGCGUCGCAGGAGGGUUGGCGGGUAUGAUCGGUAACCCCACUGAGGUCAUCCUUGUCCGCAUGUGCGCCGAUGCGGCUAAGCCGAGCGCCGAGCGGUUCCAGUACUCAGACGCCGUGACCGGAUUAUACCGUAUCAGCAAGGAGGAGGGCGUCAGGGUGAGCGUGCUCAUGAACGUCUCCCAAAUCGCCCCAUAUACGGCCGCUAAACGAGUCAUCCUCUCGCGAACUCAGCUGCAAGAUGAUAUUCGCACACAUGCGCUUGCCUCGCUUUUUGCAGGCACGGUGGCCACGACGGCAUGUGCCCCGGCUGAUGUGCUCAAGAGCAGGAUCCAAAGUGCUGCCAAAGGGUCCACGGUGAUGCAAGUCGUCAGGGAAGGUUUGAGUCUCGAAGGCCCUAUUUUUCUCAUGAAGGGGUGGACUCCUGCUUGGUUAAGAUUGACGCCGCACACUGUCUUGACGUUCAUCAUUAUGGAGAAGCUGCAAGAGUUGGUCAACCCAACCAGCACCGCUCCGGCUCGCGCAACGGCUUGA